CCGCGUGGUCCGCUUAACUGGUCGAGGCGGCGCAAAUUGCUCUCGGUCACCUGUAUGGCAGUCUAUAUGGUCAUGGUUGGCUUAUCGUGCUCAUUGGUGUAUUCCAUCAUCGUUCCUGUGGCUGAAAACACCGGUCUUUCUGUAGCAGAUCUCAACGCCGGUACCGGGUACAACUACCUGGCUUUCGGAUGGGGCUGUCUGAUAUGGCACCCAGCUGCCAAACAGUUCGGGAAGAGACCUAUCUAUCUUAUCUCACUGCUGCUGUCUAUCGGUGCUACGAUUGCCGUCCCCCACGUACUCAGCCCUGGCUCGUGGAUGGCUACGAAGAUUCUAGGAGGUUUAGCAGGCGGCCCUCUAGAAUGUCUGGGAGAGAUCUCUAUUGCAGACGUGUUCUGUGCGCAUGAGCGAGGAAAAUUUAUGGCUAUCUAUGCGUUUGUACUCUUCGCAGCCGGCUUCCUGGCUCCGAUCCUCGCCGGAUUCAUCAACGAUGGAAUGGGCUGGCGCUGGGCUCAGUACUGGGGAGCUAUAUGGUUGGCUAUCGGUUUCUUAUUUUGCUUCUUUUUCAUGGAGGAAACAAACUUCACGCGAACGUCCAUA